CCCACAUCCACACCCACACCCCAACCCAUCACCAUCUCCCGCGGCGGAUGGCGGGGUCGUCCGCGGUCUGGGCGGCGCACCACGGCGGCUGGAGGCUCCGCAACGGCUUACCGGGCCCGCAAAGGCGGGGGAGGGCCCCCCGCCUUCUUCCCCCCACGAGGGCCGGCGCCUCCCUCACGAGGCCGCGCGCGGCUGCGGCGCCGGCGGUGAGGACGGCGUCGGAGGAGGCCGUCUACGAGGUGGUCCUGCGGCAGGCCGCGAAGAAGGGGACGGCGCCGCGGCUGCGCCCGCGGUGGUCGGAGGACGAAGAGGAGCGGCUGCUCGGGUGGAGCCUCCUCGGGGACGCCUACGACCGCUGCGGCGAGGUCUGCUCCGAGUACGCCAAGACCUUCUACCUAGGUACACAGCUUAUGACCCCUGAAAGGCGCAAAGCCGUUUGGGCAAUCUAUGUGUGGUGCAGAAGAACUGAUGAACUAGUAGAUGGUCCUAACGCAUCUUACAUUACGCCGACUGCACUUGAUCGAUGGGAGAAGAGAUUAGAAGAUCUCUUUGAAGGCCGUCCGUAUGAUAUGUACGAUGUGGCCCUCUCAGACACAGUGUCGAAGUUUCCGGUAGAUAUCCAGCCAUUCAAAGAUAUGAUCGAAGGAAUGAGGCUUGACUUGUGGAAAUCGAGGUACAUGACAUUUGAUGAGCUCUACCUCUACUGCUACUACGUUGCUGGCACGGUUGGCCUCAUGACAGUACCUGUGAUGGGUAUCGCCCCGGACUCAAAGGCCUCAACUGACAGCGUGUACAAUGCUGCGCUAGCUCUCGGCAUUGCCAACCAGCUGACAAAUAUACUCAGAGAUGUAGGGGAAGAUGCGAGGAGGGGGAGAAUAUACCUUCCAAUGGACGAACUUGCGCAGGCAGGUCUGACAGAAGAGGACAUAUUCAGAGGGAAAGUGACCGAUAAAUGGAGGAGGUUCAUGAAGGGCCAGAUCCAGCGUGCUAGGUUAUUCUUUGACGAGGCUGAGAAGGGCGUUGCCCAUCUAGACUCUGCGAGCAGAUGGCCGGUUCUUGCAUCUCUGUGGCUGUACAGGCAGAUCCUGGAUGCCAUCGAAGCGAACGACUACAACAAUUUCACCAAGCGAGCGUACGUAGGCAAGGCGAAGAAGUUGCUGUCGUUACCGGUUGCAUAUGCAAGAGCAGCUGUUGCAUGAUGAACUUUCCCUAGAAUAGACUCCCCUCCCCCCUUGCCUUCACUUUUUUUCCGUUCAUUUUUGCAAGAUUUCUUGGAUGUUGUAUAUAAUCAGCAGCCUGUCACAGUUUUCAGUUCAAGGGACUAAUUUCAGGUCCCACAAUACUCGGCUCAUGUUAGAAUACAGAAGGGGAAGUUACAGCUCAA